AGUCAUAGCUCAUAAGCUACUUUUUAGUUAUAUUAUUGAUUAAUUUAAUGCUCAUUCAUGUUAGUUUAUUUGUUGGUAUUUACUCAAUAAUAAAUAUAAAAGUAUUGAAAUAUUUAUAAUAAAAUAAUAAAUAAUAACAAAAAAAAAGUUAUGGACGGAGAUAUUUCAGUAAAUGAACAUCAUAGAAAUGUCGUUGAUAGCUAUAUAGAAUUUAUGGGUCACCAAAAAAAACAAUCUAUUUUAUUAAUUAAAAAAGCGUUUGAAGAAGUCUUCAAAACAAAUUUAUUAGAUGAAACAUACACAAAAGAAGAAGUGAAGAAUAUAUUAAGCAACUUAGAAAGAACAAUGACAAAUGAAAUAAAAUGUGAAUUAUCUGCAUAUACAAGCACCAAUCUCCUAAUGAUGUAUCAGUUUUUUCAACAAGCUGAAAAAUGGCAUUUAAGGCUCAAUGUAGAUAUAUCUGAAAUACAAAACAAAGAUUUGUUACAAGAGAUGGAAAAAAUAGAAACUAGUUAUAAUGUAAUGAACCGAACAUUAGAAAAAAAGAAGCUUUUAGGUACUCCUGAUCACAUUACAAAUGAUUUUGCUAAUGUGUUGCAAAAAAGAUUAAAUCAGCUAGAAACCCACAAUUCUAAAUUGGAAGCAGAUUUAAAAACUUUAGAAGACAAUUGUAAUAAAUUGAAUAAUGAAAAAGAAGCAUUGAGAUUACUUAUCAAAAAAGAAGACAAACAAGGAGAUGCACAAAAAAAUUUAGUCGAAAUUGAAGUACAAACUCAAAAUACUUUUGACGAUAAUACUAACAAUCACGAUGAAUGUAAAACAACAGUAAAUCAAUUAGAAAAUGAAUUGUUGAUUGCACAAUCACAAUUAACACUAACAAAUUUGGAGUUGGACAGAAAAUUUAACGAUACUGCUGCAUACAUUAACAUGAAGAAUAUAAUUACCAAAAAAAACGAACAGGUUCGAGAACUAAGAGAUCGGUUGCUUAUUUACGAAAAAGAAGACAACCAAGAUAAUGUUUACAGCAAUAAACUCACUAUUUUGUUGGCCCAGUGGCGUGCGGUCAGAUCAAGCGGUGAUAGGCCAUAGCCCAGAAGUAUAUCAAAGAAGAGUUGUACCAUUGAUUAAACUCAUUAGACAAUAGUUGAGGUACCUAGAUAAUAGUUGCAUGAACAUAAUAUUUACAUAUUAUUGUGUUUAUCAAAAAAUAUAAAUACCCAUGUCUUACAAUAAAGAUCUAAUAUCUUUUUUUGCUAUUUAUAAACAUUUUUUUUUGUUUCUUGAAAUGUUGAUUAUAAUAUAUGAUUGGUUUGGUCAAAAACUUUGAAAAUGUAAUUCAAAAUUCCUCAUAAGUUGUUCAUAAUAUAGGUUAGGUUAGGUUAACCUAUAAAUAUGUAUGAACUGUUAUUAGAACAAUGUAUGAGGAACCUAUAUUGUAUUACAUUUUCAAGAUUUUUGCCCCAAUAGAAAAAAUUUUAUUAACAUAUAACAUUUAUAGAUUCUCGAAUAGUCGAAUGUAUUUUUAAUAUUUUUAAAUGGUAUAGGUUAGGUUAAUACAUUUUCUAUUGGGGCAAAAAUCUUGAAAAUGUAAUACAAUAUAGGUUCCUCAUACAUUGUUCUAAUAACAGUUCAUACAUAUUUAAGAUACUAACUAUAAGACUUAUACUAAGACACGUUUUUUUGUUUAUAACCAUUUAAAGUUCAAAUUGUAAACAAAAUUUAUCAACAUUUCGAAAAUCUCGAAAAUUUGUAAAUUAUUUUAUAGUUAAUAAUGUAGAACAUUUUUAAUUUUUAAGCAAGGUCUAAGGAUUUAAAACUUUAAACAAGGUUUCUCAUAAAUAGUUCAUACUGUAACGAAAAAACUUAAAAUAUUAUAUAAACUCAGUAUUAUUUUAAUAGAAAUUUUUUUGUUUUUUAUUUUUUUUUCAAAUUUGGACAAAAUUAUAUAUUUAAAAUUAUAAAUUAGUAAUUUAAAAAUAUUAUUAUAGUAUAGGCUAUUUUGCCGAGAAUUGUUAUUCAUAUAUAAUGAUCUUAUGUCAUUGAAUUUAAAGUGAAUACAUUCAUUACAGUGGCCGGCUCUGGGUUAAGAGGAUGUCAGCGCAACUAUUUUAUGAUGAAAAACAUACUUUAGAAUUUCUUAAUUUUCUCAGCUCACAUAUAUCUUAGAAAUACGAAACAAAAACCUAUUGAAUAACAACAAUAUUAUCUAGCACCCUACGGUGCCGAUAUGGAAUUCAACGCCAUCUCUUGAGCGUUGCAUACGUUUUAUUUUAUGCUGACAUCCUCUUAAGGGCCAAUGCCGCCAUGGAGCAAACAAUUUUUGCCACUCCCCCUCACCACCAGACAAAAUUUUUUUCGUAGUACUAAUCAUUUAAGUAUCUAUUAAUAUAUCUUUUAUAAACAAUUUUUUAUAUAAGAGAUUUAAAUCAAAUUUAAAAUAUAAUAGAACUUAGAAGUAGGUAAACUUUAAUAUAAGUUAAAUAAUUAUAUUAAUAGAUUCACAAUAUUAUAAUAAAAAUCGUACAUAUUAUUGUCUUAUGAUAUAUUAUAUAGAAGAAGAAAAAAGAAAUAUUCUGUAGGUAUUUAAAUAUAAUAUCAUAUUUCAAAGGUAUAUUAUUAAAAAAGCUGUCCAAUUGUAAUGUUUGCACUAUAACUUUUUCUAAUGAUUUUUUAGUUUCUAAGCGGAGCAAUGAAUGUAUUAAUUUCACAGUGAUGUGUGUUUUUUUUUCAUUAUUAUUUUUAUUUGUGUAAUACAACUGUCGUGUCUUCAUAAGCUGUUGUUGGUAGAAUUAUAAAAAAAGUUGAGCGUAAAUCCACAAUAAAUACGAUUAUAUGAGCGUCUAAAGUCAAAAUGUUGACAAAAUUCAUCAAAAUCACAAAAAUUAACAUAUUCUUUCGAGUUUGAAAUUCAUAAAAUAAAAUUAUAUAAAUAAUGGUGUAUCUAAAUGGUAUUUUAAAUUUUCAUACGAUAUUCCCUUAAGAGGACGCUACACCGCCAUUUUAUGAUUUUGUCUACAUUUAUCAAAAAAAAAAAAAAAUUGUCUACAUUAAUUGCAAUUAAGUCAAAUUAAAUUUUUAUGAGCAUUUGAAGUUCAUAUUUUUACAAUAUUGGAUAUUCACUCUAUUUUUCAUGUAGCGAUUUUGUAUUUUGUUGUAAUUCAAAAACGAAUAACUAUAGAUACAGUAGAUACCUACAUGAAAUUUACACCAUAUAUGUUUAUUUUAUGAAUUCCCAUAGUUCCUAUACUUGAUAACAUUUUCAAAACAUUUUGACUCGUUUUGAGCUGUUUACGGACAUUUUUAAUUUUCAAUUUUUUUAAUCUAGUGGUUUUACAAUGGUGUUUAUUAUUUUUUUUUUUAUUCUGUAUACAAAAUUUCUACCGAAAGGAGUGCUUUGAUUUCAACAUAUUAUAGUAUCUUAUAUUUUAGAAAAUUGAAUCAAGAUGGUAGGUACCUACUUUAAAGAGGUCAUUUUUCGAUUUUCUCAAUAGUUGUUUAAUGCCACGUGGAAAACCACCAACAAAUUACAAAAAACCGCUAAAAAUGGAAUUAUUUAAUUUAUAACACUUUGUUUAUCACCAUAGAAACGAAUAAAAAUAACGAUUUUAGUAAUUUUGUUGUAAUUUAUAAUAUUAAUUCGACUUUCAGGCUAUA